GUUGGCGUGGUGUCAGGACGCGGCGGCGUGGCGGUUUCCGGCGGGAAUCGCGACUAGGGAAAGAGGAAGAAGAGAUCAGCAACUUCUGAGGCUUGUUUUCGCCGGAGCAUAUAUUAGAGUCCAAUGAAUCGAGUCGAUCCUGCUCCGUAUAGCUUUGCUCCUCCACCGCCGCAACCUCCUCCCUUGCCGCCGUUUCCCCCACCUUCCAGCGCUUUCUGGGAACCUGCAAAUGUGCGCGAUCGUCUCAGAGAACUACAAGACACUAUGAAUCUCGCCGAAGCUCUGAAAACAGAGCUGGAAGUGAUCAAUAAGGCAAACAGUAUGAGAGGAGAUUCUGAGGGGUUAGAGUAUUUGGAUACACACAAUGAGUCUGUUGAUGCGUUUUUACAGUUUCUAUGCAUUAAUAGGAUUGAUUUGAAAAGCCAUGAAUUGAUUUCAUUGGAAGCUGCAAAUGCAUUGAUAUCGAAAUUGAGAGCUCACCUUGAGCCGUUUAGGAUCGCAGCUGAUGAGGCAAGUCCGUGGGAAGAAAAAUCUGCUGCUAUCAGAUUAGGUAAUCGGUUGCAAAAGUAUAAAAGAAACAAACUGUGGAGGAAAAAGAAGAGGAAACGUGUUGCGGAGAAGUUAGCUAUGGAGAAAGAGCAGUUUGAGAAAGUUGAUAAAGAAGCUGAUGAGUGGAUGGCUAGAGAGAUGGCAAAGGAUGUUGCUAAGCAAAAGGUUGCAAAGAUGAAAGAGAUAGCAAAACUGAAAGAGAAAGAGGAGAGAAAAACAUUGGGCUCUGAGCUUGAGCUGGCAUUGAUGGUGGAGAAGUUGCAGGAAUUACGCUCCCUCAGGAUUCAGAAGUUGAAAAAACAAGGACGGUUUCUUCCCGAGGAGGACGACAAGUUUAUGGAGAGAGUGAAAGCUGCAGUUGAGGAAGAGGAGCGGCAAGCAAUGGCUGCAGCCGGCACUGCCGCCGCGAGGGAUGCCAUAGCAACCGCCGAGGAGGAGUCGAGAAAGAACCUCAAAGGCGAAAAGGAGACGAAUGAAGAGGAGGCUACGACACGACCAACAGAAAAGCAACAGCACAAGGAGACUGGUUGUACUAGUGGUGAGUACUCGAAUUUGCCAAUGGAGUAUUAUCAGUACUAUUAUGGGUGUAACCAUGAUAUGGGUACCCUUGUGGAGGUUAGAAGAACAUGGGAUGCUUACUUGCGGCCAGGGGGGAGCCGGAUUCCCGGCCACUGGGUUCAACCCCCACCCCCUGCUGACCAAAUUUGGGCUUCUUGCUUGGUCAAGCCUGAUCCUCUUCCCCUAAAACAAACUCAACAAUAAUACUGUGUCUUAGUUUUCCAACUUGACAAAUGAUAUGAAAUGUGUCUAUUGGAAGGGAAAUGAGUU